AUGGCAACAGUGGGAACCCCAACGUUGUCUCCUGACAAACACUGAGAAGUACAGACCAGGGACCAGGAGGAGGAGUGGAUGUGUAGAGCUCUUGAGGCCCUGGAGAAGUGAGGGAACCAACCUCAGCUACCUUCAGCUUCCUGGAGAGAAUGGCCAAGGGGAGACGCUUCAAACCUCCUUUUGACAAGGAUGGAAGUUGGUUCCCUCAUAUUGGACUUACACAAAAGACACCAGAAUCCCUCAUGAGUUCUGUGUUAAAAGAGCCUUAUUGUCCGCAGUUGACUCAGCAAGCAGAGAAGAAGCUGCCACCAAUAUACAAAAUCCGGGAGAAGCAAGCAGUAAGUAACAACUUCCCCUUCUCUGUGCAUGACAAUCGCCACAGUUUUGAGAACUCUGGAUGCUACUUUGACUCGGGGCUGGGGCGUAAGAAGAUCUCCCCAGAUAAAGGGCAGCAUGUUUCUAGAAAUUUUAAUCUUUGGGCAAGUGACUUCAUUCCCUCUUGUCUUGAUGGCUUUUCAAGUAAUCAAAUAGCCUAUGUCUACAAGGAGGCCAUGAUAGUCCCAAACUUCAGACGUUUUCCAAAAUGUUAUAACAAGGUAUGGGACACCUUCAAAACUGCGGAGCAAAGCUGUAUGAAGCCAAAGUAAGGUUUGCUAUUGACAAAAGGCUGUUUCUCUUCAGGAACUUUAAUCCUCCUGGGAGACACUUGAUGAGUUUGUGGUAUUACUAUUUCCUCUCCAUUCUAAAAGUACAUGUUUUUUGAUCCAGCACUACCAUUUAAUCUUUGAAAUAUUUCUAUUAUUUUUAAUAAGGUUGAAAAACAUUCAGUCUUUAUAAAAUAAAUAUACGUGAAACUAUACACAUAUAUAAACCUUUAAGAUUGUCGCAUUUACCUUUAGGGGAGCUUUAAAAAUUACAUACAUUGUAUAUGGUUACAUUUUCACUUUGAAAUUUCAAACAAACAUAGAGAAAUCAAAAGGCCCCUUGAUCACAUCACGUACCUAAUCCUUAUUCUGUUCUCAAAAGUCAAUUGUUUGUUUUUAUUCUGUGCAUUUACAAUCAUAACACAUAUGCAUAACUAUAUAAAAAUUUAAACAUAAACUAUGGCCCACAGCAUACAACAUUCUAUAACUUUCUUCUGAUAUUUAAUCAGGAUCUUGGAGUUUUUACAGUGUAUUUUAUCAGUAUAAUAAACUGAUUUUAUUUUUCAUUGGCUGUACUAUAUAAUCAAGUAUGGAUGCACUGUACUUUAAAAAAUUAUUUUAUUGUUAGUGGGCAUUUGAAUUGUUAAUAACUUUUGGACCAUGCACAAUGCUAUGUGAACAUGCUAGACAAACCUCUAUGAGUGCAUGUUGUGUGUCCCUCAGGGGUGAACUUUGCAAACACUGCCUAGAGCUGGACUGGAUAGGACAGCAGGUCACAUUCACAGCCAACUUGCCUUUGAAAGAGUGGGCCUGUUAAGCUCCUACCAAAUGUAUCUGUGAGUUUCUGUUUUCUCCCCUCACAUUAUCUUUUGAAUGUUUAAGAAUAUUUAAGGACAAAACAAAUGAUUCUGCUAUUUCUUCUCUUGCAUUUUUAUAAUUACUAGUGAAGUUGAGUGUUUUUUUCAUGUGCAGUGGCCAUUUAUGUUUCCUCUCAUUCACCGAGCAGUAUCAUCAUUAUUCUAUACCAAAGUUUCUUGUUUGUUUUUGGAUAUAUUUCCUAUACAUGAAUUUUUGAAUAACUUCCCCAAGUUAAAAAAAAAGCCAUUGCCAAUUGGUAGGAUUUUCCCCAAAUUUAGAUAUUAAUUUACGGGAAAAGCGACUUUAUUCUGUGGUAUAUCUCCCCAUUAAUUCCUGUUUUAUGUACUUCAGUAAAGUUUACUAUUUUCCUCAGAUAGGCUUGAUAUUUUGAAUGCUUAUUUCUGCAUAUUUUAAAAGCUUGUGGUUAUUUUGAAUGUUAUAUUUUUAAGUUGUACUUUUAGAUUAUUUUGGCCAU